AUGCGGUUGGAUGUGAAGCGACAACUAUUCGCCCGGUCGGAGAGAGUCAAGGGCAUUGACUUUCACCCGACUGAGCCAUGGAUCUUAACUACAUUGUAUAGCGGUCAUGUUUAUAUAUGGUCUUAUGAAACCCAGUCGAUUAUCAAGACAUUUGAGCUUACUGAUGUCCCUGUCCGAGCUGGCCGGUUCAUUGCCCGAAAAAAUUGGAUUGUCUGCGGUUCCGAUGACUUUCAACUCCGCGUCUACAACUAUAACACCUCCGAGAAGAUCACAUCUUUUGAAGCGCAUCCAGAUUACAUCCGGUCUAUUGUCGUCCACCCGUCGCAACCGUUCGUCCUCACAGCUUCCGACGACAUGACAAUUAAGCUGUGGGAUUGGGACAAGGCCUGGAAAUGUGUACAGAUUUUUGAAGGACACAACCAUUAUGUCAUGGGUCUGGCCAUCAACCCCAAAGAUACAAAUACAUUUGCUUCUGCCUGUCUUGACCGGACAGUUAAAAUAUGGAGCCUAGGCUCGCCGCAUGCGAAUUUCACACUUGAAGCUCAUGAGGCGAAGGGUGUUAACCACGUUGAUUAUUACCCACAGGCGGACAAGCCGUAUCUAUUGACGACUUCCGACGAUAAGACUGUAAAAGUUUGGGAUUACACAACAAAGGCACUCAUAGCUACUUUAGAAGGCCAUACUAGCAAUGUUUCCUUCGCCUGCUACCACCCAGAGUUGCCUGUGAUCAUCUCCGGCUCUGAAGAUGGAACCAUCAAAAUUUGGCAUGCCAACACAUAUCGACUAGAGCAAUCCCUAAGCUAUGGUCUGGAGCGUGCAUGGUGUGUCAGCUACCAGCGUGGCAAACAAGGCAUUGCCAUGGGUUUUGACGAUGGAGCUGUUGUCGUCAAAAUGGGCCGUGAGGAACCCGCAGUUUCUAUGGAUGGGUCUGGAAAGCUAGUUUGGGCGAGACACAACGAAGUUGUGUCGACGGUAAUCAAGGGUGGUGACUCAACUCUUAAGGAUGGUGCUCCCCUUUCACUUCCGACGAAGGAGCUUGGUUCCUGCGAGAUAUACCCACAAACACUUACUCACUCUUCGAACGGACGAUUCGUCUCGGUCUGCGGAGAUGGUGAAUAUAUUAUCUACACUGCACUUGCAUGGAGGAAUAAAGCCUUUGGACAGGCCUUAGACUUUUCAUGGGGCUCAAAGGAUAACAGUAACGAUUAUGCGAUUCGGGAGUCGAGUACAAGCGUCAAGAUCUUCCGCAACUUCAAAGUGAAGAGUGGACGGCUCGAUGUGGGAUUCCAAGCUGAAGGUCUAACUGGUGGUGUUCUUCUGGGAGUCAAGGGCCAAGGCGGUAUCGGUAUGUUUGACUGGGACACUGGUUUACUCGUGAGGAGAAUAGAAGUCGAUCCUCGAGCUGUAUACUGGUCUGAAUCGGGAGAACUAGUUACUCUUGCGUGCGAUGAUACGUUCUACGUUCUCAGAUUCUCCCGCGAGAAUUACAUCGCAGGCCUCAACAACGGCGAAGUAGACGAGGAUGGGGUCGAAGCUGCUUUUGAAGUAGUCACAGACGUCAACGAAUCCGUCAGGACAGGCGAAUGGGUUGGCGACUGCUUCAUCUACACCAACUCUACCAACCGCCUAAACUAUCUCGUCGGUGACCAAACCUAUACAAUCUCCCACUUCGAUCAGCCAAUGUAUCUCCUCGGCUACCUGCCACGGGACGGACGCAUCUACCUGGCCGACAAAGACGUCAACGUAGUCUCCUUCUCCCUCUCCCUCUCUGUCGUCGAAUACCAAACUCUCAUCCUUCGCGGCGACAUGGACUCCGCCGCAGAUCUCCUCCAAGACAUACCCGCUGACCAAAUGAACAAAAUCGCCCGCUUCCUUGAAGGACAGGGUAACAAGGAACUAGCCCUCAAGGUCGCCACAGACCCGGAACACCGUUUUGAACUCGCGCUAUCCCUCAAUAUGCUCGACAUCGCUCUCGAAAUCGCCCGCACCGCUGACGUCGAGCACAAAUGGAAAAUCGUCGGAGAUGCAGCCAUGGCUGCUUGGGAUCUCUCCCUUGCUCAAGAAUGCUUCUCUAAUUCCAAGGACCUGGGCUCAUUGCUGCUCCUGCACACUGCCAGCUGCAACAUGGACGGUCUUCGUCGGCUAUCUGAGCAAGCCAGCGAAGCAGGCUCGCAUAAUGUCGCCUUCUCCGCGCUCUGGCAACUAGGCGAUGUCGAUGCGUGCAUCGAUCUUCUGGUCCGGACGAACCGGAUAGCGGAAGCUGUUCUAUUUGCGCAAACGUAUAAGCCCAGUCGAGCAGCUAAGCUCGCGGGUAAAUGGAAAGAAAGUUUAGAAAAAGGGGGUAAGACGAAGGUGGCGAGGAUUAUUGGGAUUCCUCCCGGGGCUGGGAUUGAAGGAGUUGAAACCGAUGAUGAGUUGUUUCCGGAAUGGGAUGAAUUUUUGAGAUUAGAGACGGAGGGUGGUGUUAAGUCUGCGGAUUUGAUUGAUAUUAAUGGUGAUGAUGGUGAGGCGGGAGCGGAGGUCAAUGGCGUUUCGGAAUAG